AUGGCUGCCUCAAAGAGAGCGCUCGAGGACCGUUUGGACCCUAAAGCAACCUCGCUGUAUCAGUCUUCCAGCGCACAUGGGCUGUACAGGCGCGUUCAGCUGGCUGGACGGGUGGUGGGUUUGGAGGAACUGGAGAACGAUCCAUAUGAAACAGAGACUUUCCAUGAGACGCAAACAACCUGCUGGGAUCAUCCCAAGAUGACUGAGCUUUACCAGUCUUUAGCUGACCUGAACAACGUCAGGUUCUCAGCGUACAGGACUGCCAUGAAACUCCGCAGGCUGCAGAAAGCCCUCUGCCUGGAUCUCCUGAGUCUGUCUGCUGCAUGUGAUGCCUUGGACCAGCACAACCUCAAACAAAACGACCAGCCGAUGGACAUUCUGCAGAUCAUUAACUGCUUGACCACCAUUUAUGAUCGACUGGAACAAGAGCACAAUAACCUGGUCAAUGUCCCUCUCUGCGUGGACAUGUGCCUCAACUGGCUGCUGAAUGUCUAUGACACGGGUCGAACAGGAAGGAUCCGUGUCUUAUCUUUCAAAACUGGUGUUGUAUCCCUUUGUAAAGCACACCUGGAAGAUAAAUAUAGAUACCUGUUCAAGCAAGUGGCGAGCUCCACCGGCUUCUGUGACCAGCGCCGGCUGGGGCUGCUGCUGCACGACUCCAUCCAGAUCCCUCGGCAGCUGGGGGAAGUGGCCUCCUUCGGGGGCAGCAAUAUCGAGCCGAGCGUCAGAAGCUGCUUCCAGUUCGCCAACAACAAACCAGAGAUCGAAGCAGCCCUCUUCCUGGACUGGAUGAGGCUGGAACCACAGUCCAUGGUGUGGCUGCCCGUCUUGCACAGGGUGGCUGCUGCUGAGACCGCCAAACACCAGGCAAAGUGUAACAUCUGCAAGGAGUGCCCCAUUAUUGGAUUCAGGUACAGAAGUUUAAAGCACUUUAACUAUGACAUCUGCCAAAGUUGCUUCUUCUCUGGCCGUGUUGCAAAAGGGCAUAAAAUGCACUAUCCCAUGGUGGAAUACUGCACACCAACAACUUCGGGAGAAGACGUCCGUGACUUCGCCAAGGUACUAAAAAACAAAUUUCGAACAAAACGAUAUUUUGCAAAGCACCCGCGAAUGGGCUACCUGCCUGUGCAAACUGUCUUGGAGGGAGACAACAUGGAAACUCCUGUUACUCUGAUCAACUUCUGGCCAGUAGAUUCUGCGCCUGCCUCGUCCCCUCAGCUUUCACAUGAUGAUACUCAUUCACGCAUUGAACAUUAUGCUAGCAGGCUAGCAGAAAUGGAGAACACCAAUGGCUCUUACUUAAAUGACAGUAUUUCACCUAAUGAGAGCAUCGAUGAUGAGCACUUGUUAAUCCAGCACUACUGCCAAAGUCUGAACCAGGAGUCCCCCCUGAGCCAGCCCCGCAGCCCUGCCCAGAUCCUGAUUUCUCUGGAGAGCGAGGAAAGAGGAGAACUGGAGAGAAUCCUCGCAGACCUGGAGGAGGAAAACCGAAACUUGCAAGCAGAAUAUGACCGCUUGAAGCAACAGCAUGACCACAAAGGACUGUCUCCACUGCCGUCCCCGCCGGAGAUGAUGCCCGUUUCUCCCCAAAGCCCCCGGGAUGCUGAGCUCAUUGCAGAAGCCAAGCUGCUUCGCCAGCACAAGGGCCGCCUGGAAGCCAGGAUGCAGAUACUGGAGGAUCAUAACAAGCAGCUGGAGUCGCAGCUGCACAGGCUGAGGCAGCUGCUGGAGCAGCCGCAGGCAGAAGCCAAGGUGAAUGGUACAACACUGUCGUCUCCUUCUACCUCUUUGCAGAGGUCGGACAGCAGUCAGCCAAUGCUUCUUCGUGUAGUUGGCAGCCAGACUUCAGAAACCAUGGGCGAGGAUGAGCUGCUCAGCCCUCCCCAGGACACAAGCACAGGUUUGGAGGAAGUGAUGGAGCAGCUGAACAACUCCUUCCCCAGCUCCAGAG